ACGAUUCACUUAACACCUGAGGAGACAAUUGGGUUAACAUUUAUCUGCUCUGAUUAAGGGGCUUGAAUCUAAUUUUGUCGUUAUUGUCUCCGGCUCCAUGGUGGGCUUCAUGACAAAUCUGUUGGGGUUCUUUAGAUGGUGUUAGAUCUAGUCGGAAUCUGGUGCUCAGAGGAGCAUAAUGUCGCGGUUCAUAGUAUCUUUAAGUGUAAUUGCAAUCACCCUUCAUCAGAGUGUAGCAGAGAACUGUUUGCAGGAGCUACCUAUGUCCCAAUUGCUGAGGAUAAAGAAGUCGUUACAAGAGUUAACAUGUGAUGUGAAUGAGUGCAGCAGCGGAAGAGAACAAACAACGACCUCGGAACUCCAGGCGAGGAGCCCAGAAAGUGGGACUGGCGAGACAACCUUCGUUGAAGCUAAUGGAGCAUUGCCUUUGACGGGAGUCAAAUUAGGGCGAUCACAUGACUCAUGGGACGAAAAACCUACAAAAAUACAAAGCGUAUUCCAGAUCAGCAUCACAGCUCUUUCCUUUUUGGCGUUCGGAGGAUAUCUUCUUUGUAUGAUAGUUCAAGCAAUUAAAAGCAAAGGAACCACAUAUUUUCAUCCAUCUAUGAAUGGAAAUGGAAACGGGAAUGGAAAUGGCAAUGGAAAUGGGAAUGGAAACAUAUUCCGCAGAGUUAAAAUCUACGGCCGAUCUCGUCGAUCGUUACCGAGAAAAAACACCACCAAACUACCGUUGGAUGAUAAGAAAAUGGCAGCACCCAGCCCUGAAGAAUUCUAUAAAGUUAUGAUUCAAUUAGCUGAAGGUUAUGUGAAGUUAUCUUAAAAUUAUUAGAUAUUUUCUAGUGAUGUACAUAUUGACUGAAUAAUUCAAUACUUGAUAAAGUU